CCAAAAACCUCUUACUCUGUUUGAACCGAGACACACUGCGAGGAUGGAUAGAGGGAAACCAAAAGCACAGUAAAAGUUCUUGAUGUCAUCAGUGCCCAAGGUCAUGAAAGCUCUUAGGUAAAACAUAGGAUCCAAUUUCUCCUCCUUUGGAAAUACACAGAUAAAGAGGUGGAUAGAGAACAGCUGGCCACUGGCAAAGAUCAGCAGAUGAAUAAAGGCUUGUUUAAGUUAAUUUUUUCAACAGAAACCACAUAUAUAUACGUUCAGUUCUGUAGACAAACCAGAGUGGAAAGGAAAGAAUGGAAAGAGAGAACAGACGAGAGAAAGCAGUGGCUGCAGUUGCUGCUUUUUACCGAGGGUUUGAUCCUAAAGAGUACCUUAAGUACAAUUACACACCUCCACGAGCGGACUUCAGCCGAAGUGACAGCAUCGUACCGUGGAAGCUAAACUGCCUCCAUAAGGCUUUUAAUGAAGAUGCCAUUAAAGGAGACAUUCUGGUAGACGUUGGUUCUGGUCCAACUCUAUAUCAGGUGAUGAGUGGCUGUGAGCAUUUUAAUCGAGUCAUAUUAUCUGAUUUUUUGGAAGUGAAUCGAAAUGAAUUAAACAAAUGGAUCAAAGAUGGAGAGAGCAACUUUGAUUGGACUCCAUACCUGCAACAUGUGUGUGAGCUGGAGGGACGCAGUUCCUCAGCGUGGCAAGUGAAAGCAGCAAGACUUCGCUCAGUGGUGACUGACAUUUUUCCUGUUAACGUCCACGACCCGAACCCAUUUCCACCCAGAUCUCUGCCUGCCUCUGGCGCUGACUGCCUCGUGUCCUCAUUCUGCCUUGAAAGUGUAAGUCCUGAUAUUUCCUCGUUCACUGACGCACUAUGCAAUCUGUCCAGCCUCCUGCGUAAUGGGGGUCAUCUUCUGCUCAUUGGAGCUCUGGGGGAGAGCUUUUACAUGGCAGCUCCUGAUGUUCGGAUCCCUGUUGUGCCACUUGAUGAGGCUCAGGUCUGUUCCAGUCUGAGCGCCAGUGGAUUCGAUCUCUUGCAGCUCAGUGUGUAUCGAUUAACUCCAGAUAUGCUGGUCGGAGUGGAUGAUGUCAAAGGCGUGUUCUUCGCUAAAGCCAGGAAACCAUAAAAUAAUCAGCUUUAAGUAAAUGUAUUUAUGCACUGGAUGUGAAAAAUUAUAAACUUUUGAAAUGUCUGAUAUAAACCAAAAAAAUUGUCAAAUCUACAUUUAGAAUUGCAGGUUUGAUUGACGAGGCUAUUUUUUGUAUUUUGGCUUUGAUUAACUAAAAGUUAUUUCUGUGCCAUUAAAUAAAUUUUGCCUUCAACCUGAAA